AGACUUCGUAGGAGAAUGACGUACGUCAGGAGAUCCGACUACUCGUUCAUGAAGAAGCUUCUGCUGGUUUUAGGACUCUGGCCAACUCCAAAUUCGAAGUUUCGUCUAUUUCGAAUCACUUUCUUUUAUACGGUUUACAUCGGUUAUCUACUGCUCGAGAACUCGGAAAUAUCCCUCUUCGAGACGAACAUUCGUUUCAUGGGAAGUCUGCUGGCGUGUUACGCUCUCACCGGGGACGUGAUGUUCCGGGAUAAGGCGGCUCAGCUCGGCGAACGGAUGUUGCCCGCUUUCCAAACGGAAACCGGAAUUCCUCAUUCCCUCAUCAAUCUCCAUACCGGGGCGAGCAAGAAUUAUGGCUGGGCGAGCAGCGGGUGCAGCAUCCUCUCCGAAAUUGGCACGAUGCAUCUCGAAUUCACCUACCUCAGUGACAUCACGGGCAAUCCGGUUUUCAAGAGCAAGGUCGAGAACGUGAGGAAAGUGCUGAAGAACCUGGAGAAACCGAAAGGACUCUACCCCAACUAUAUUCACCCGAAGACUGGGAAAUGGGGCCAGCAUCACAUGUCGUUGGGAGGUCUCGGUGACAGUUUCUACGAGUAUCUGUUGAAAGCGUGGAUUCAGUCCGGCAAAGAAGACGUCGAAGCCCGACAAAUGUACGACGAAGCUAUCGCAGCUAUAGAUCAACACAUGAUCAAGACAUCACAGGGCAAGCUGCUCUACGUGUCGGAUUUAAAAUAUGACAGGCUCGAGCAUAAAAUGGGUCAUUUGGCGUGUUUCGCUGGUGGUAUGUUUGCAUUGGGAGCGAAAACCCAGGAAAACGAACUGUCUGAGAGAUACAUGACGAUAGCCGCUGGUUUGACCAACACGUGCCACGAAUCCUACGACAGAAGUUACACGAAACUCGGACCAGAAGCCUUCCACUUUAUCGAGGGUAACGAAGCGAAGAGUUUAAAGAACGGCGAAAAAUACUACAUUCUUCGGCCAGAGACCUUCGAAUCGUACUUCGUGAUGUGGCGGCUGACAAAGGAUCCGAAAUACCGUGAAUGGGGCUGGGAAGCUGUUCAAGCGCUCGAGAAAUACUGUCGCGUUCCAGGAGGCUUCACUGGACUUCAUAAUGUUUACUUGGUCGAUCCUCCGCAGGACGACGUGCAACAGAGCUACUUCUUCGCCGAGACGCUCAAGUACCUCUACCUGCUGUUCAGCGACGAUGAUCUCAUAAAUCUGAACGACUGGGUGUUCAACUCCGAGGCUCACGUGCUUCCCAUCAGGGGCAACCCCCUGUACCGGGCGUCUCCCUCUUUAUAAUUCAAAGGAAACUCUCACACCUGGAAGAAAACGACACACCGACGACACAGCAAGACCGUUCUAACAGCUCGAAACAAUCGGAAGUCGUCCGCUGUGCACCAGGAAGAGAGAGAGCGACAACGUGAGAGAUGAACAAGAAGAGGGAAUAACUUGGAACUACAAGAAACAAGAAAGAGAAGAAAAAGCAACGCAAAAAUUCAACAGUGUACGCGAUAAGAAAAUACAAGGAAAAAUAGAACAGUGAACAAGUUUCUGGAUUUAGAAGGUAAAAAAAGAAAGAAAAAAAAAAAGAAAAGGAAAAGAGAAAAGAAAGGGAAAAAGGAACAAAUCAAGGAACGCGUUAUUACCUGUGAAAAAUUAUAGACAGAUCGAUGAACAGUGAAAAUAAUAGGAAAAUGGAGAGAGACUGGAGAGGCGAGACGACGACGUGGAUAUUCAGCUCGCAAAAGCCACGUGUCGCCGCGGUGAAUACAAUUAAAAAUAAUUAUUUUAGGUAAAACGAGAUAUAAUAGGGGACAGGGAGAACGUGGAGAAGAUGAUAACGAACGUUAUUUAAGCGACAAACUAUACAGAUGAAGAAUUACACGGAGACACACACACACACAUACACACAGAGUACGUUUGUAAAUAGCGAAAAAAGAAGGAAUGUGUGAACAAAACUAUAUAAUAGAUGGUGCGAGAAAGAGAGAGUGAAAGAAGCGAGAGACGAGAGAAUAAGGGAGACGUAUGCUUGAGCGAAAGAGACAAUUUGAAAUAGAGAAAGAAUGCGUGUAUGCGUGUUAGAGAGGCAGAAACUAGAAUGAAAAUUUAAUCGUUUGCCUGAAUGCUUGACCCAUUUUCUUUUUUCGCCUGCGACAUAAAAAUGGUCUAGGCAGCCGAACCUAUUUCAAUGAAGAUCCGAAUAUCGAACGUUCCAGUCGGAUCUCUUGGUGAUUAUGACGAAACUGUUCAAUCGGUGUUUCUCUUUUCCUUCUUCCUUCUGUUCGAGCUUUUUUAAAGACGUGGCGCUCUAACGUCCGAGAGGUAAAAAUUAAAAAAAAAAGAAAAAAAAAGCGAAAAAUUAUAAAAUUCUCUGACAAAUAACGAAGAUGAUUAUUUGCUAAAUAAUUAGUCGAUGUAAUUGGUUUGGGAAUUCGUAUUUUAUGGGAAAGCAUUUAGAUCGAAAUAGGUAAUUAUUUAAAAAGAAACUUUCGUAUACCUAUGUUAAGAACGUUUGAAAAAAAAAGAAAGAAAAAGACACCAGUCCUCCAAGAAGAUCGAUCAGUGGAUCUAUAAGUUAUUCUUAUUUUAAUUAACAAUUAUAUCGAUCGCUGAUCGAUCUCGCCACUUUUCAGACUUCACCAACACGAGACCUUCUUCGCGGCUUUUUCUAUCUUUUUCUACUUUUUGAAUAAACGACACACUGCGCCUCGAUCGUCUCGGUGGCAGAAAGCGCCGAUGGAAAUUCGUUCGAUCCGGUCGCGCUACGUAUUUGAUGCGACGAUUUCGUUUUAAUUUUUAACCGGCUACGCGAGUGUUUUAUAGAAAUCAAAGUGCGCGGAAUUGUUAACAAAUCACUAUUUGUCUUUGUUUAGAAAUUUUAAUAUAUUGAAUUACGAACGAAGGGUAACUCUCGUUUCUCUUUAAACAAACUGUUGUCAUAAUUCGUGAAAACAUGAAAUAAAAUCAAAAGACGACAUUAGUAUUUUUACAUUUUAUACCGUGUGAAUCCAUUUAUGCUUGAAAAGAAUAUUUUAUUGGAAUACCGGAGUUUCAUUGCUUGGAAUAACGCAGUUAUUGAAAUUUGGAAAUCUCCUUAGAAAUACGAGUGCAGAGUUUACAGAAGCUGGAGCAUAAAUGGGUUACGUUUAAAAGUUCCUUACAUAUCCUUUUGUUUCUGCGUCGCGUUCGGCUGAAUUUUAAGGCGAAUCGCCAAGUGCUUCCAUGUAACUGGCUGGAGAAAAUUUCGAAGAAGUUUCAGCCGAAACUUUUCUAUGGAAUUCGUAGUUUGAAUCUUUAUGGGCGUAAUAUGGAAAAGGAAUAAGCGUACGAGGAAACGUAAGGAAAGAUUUUACGAUUUUCGAGCGUGUUUAACGGCAAUGUGAAGCACAAGAGCAAAAGCGUCGGCUACUUGUGCGAAUUACAAUGGUAUUAAUGGAAGAACAGGCUUGGUUUAUUUCACGUAUUUUACAUAUUUAUACGUUUGAUAUCUUCCUAUUAUUUUUACCAUCGCUAAGAUUCCUUACGAAAAAUUUCUUAAGUGCUGCAAAUUAUUUCCAUAAAAUACGAAAAAUUCAAUGAAUUAGUAGAUUUAUCAUAAAACACAUCUAGAAUAUUGACAAAGCACUAAUAGAUUAUUUUAAUAAGUAUCUAAAUAUUUUAACGCUAUUGAUUUUAAAAUUUAUCUUAAGAUUCUACUUCUAUCUUAGUAAGGAAAUAUAUAUUCGAUGUGAAUUCUUUCAUCAAUCCAACGAACGGUUCUCAAAAAAGUCAAUUAUCCAUCAAGGAAAUUAGAAAAAGAGCAAUCUUCAAAAUACGAAAUUUAAACCAUCCAUCCAUUUAACGAAACAAUCAGUUUUCGUUUCUUCGACAAGUUAUAUUGCCUGAAAAAAUCAAAAACCAUCCCCCAGUACAAUCUUCAUCACGAUGAACAUCAACUAGAGGGUUGCCCUUCGGACAACGAAAUAUAAUUAUUAUUAAUAUUAUACAAAGAUGAGAAAUUGGCUGGCAAAAGAUUCGAUCUUUCUUUCUUCUUGAUAAACCAGCAGGAAUUUUCUAUCGUUUUCAACAAAAUCUUCGAUGUAAAAUUUAAACAUGAAAGACGCGCAUUAGCAACAAUUCUUUCAUAUUUGUCCAAACUUGAGAGAUUUUUUAACGAUAGAGAAUCCUAAUCGAAUCGUCAAUUAUCACGAUAUAGAACACGAUCACCAUCUUUCGUCCUUCGUCCUUUGCAUAGCCAACUUCUCAACUUUGUACAAUAGAAAAAUUCAAAACCACUGGACUGGAGAUGUUUACACAGAUUCGUAUUUUUAUGAACGCAAAGAAACGAAAGACAAUAUUUGAUUCACCCACUUAAUAUUAUCUUUAAUCGAAAAUCGAAAGCUUCUGCGUUGUUACUGUACAUUAAACGCGA